AUGAGACCGCUCUCGCUGCUCUUUGUUUUCGUAUCGGCUGUUGCGUCCGGCAGCACUCGUCCGCCGUGUCUGAGUCGACGGCCGGCCGUGGUGCCGCGUCCUGCACAUCCACGGCUGCCCGUGCCUCAGCCGCCGAAGCGAUCGCGCGUGUGCGAGGUGCAGACGCACGGCGACGGCCAGACGGACGACUCGACACUCAUCCUCGAGGCCCUGCACGCCUGCAACAAUGGCGGUCACGUGCUGUUUGGCCGGGACGCCACCUUUGUCGUGGGCACGGCCCUGGACCUGACCUUUCUGCAGCAUGUCGACAUUGACAUCCAGGGCCGCAUCCUCUUCUCCAACGACACGGAUUACUGGCAGGCCAACUCGUUCCGCUUCGGCUUCCAGAACGUCACCUCCUUCUUCAAGCUCGGCGGUAAGGACGUCUUCCUGUAUGGUGGUGGCACCCUUGACGGCAACGGCCAGGCCUGGUAUGACCUCUAUGCCGCCGACAUCUACACGCUUCGGCCCGUCUUGGUGGGCAUCGACGGACUGCACGACAGCGUGAUUGCAGACCUGCAGCUGCGGUAUAGCCCAAUGUACUAUAGCUUUGUGGCCAAUGCGAGCAACGUCGUCUUUGACCACAUCAGCAUCGCCGGCGCCUCGACCAGCAAACACGUGGCCAAGAACACUGACGGCUGGGACACGUAUCGAAGCCGAGACGUGACCAUUAUGAACUCUGUCAUUGACAAUGGAGAUGACUGCGUCUCCUUCAAGCCCAACAGCACCGACAUGCUGGUCCAAUCGCUCGUCUGCACCGGCAGCCAUGGCAUCUCUGUCGGCAGCCUAAGCCAGUAUCCCGGCACCUUGGACAUUGUCGAGCACAUCCACGUGGCCAACGUCAGCCUGCACAAUGCCACCAACGGCGCCCGCAUCAAAGUCUGGCCCAACGCGCCCACCGUCCUCGCGGACGAUCUUCAGGGCGGCGGUGGCAGCGGUCGCGUCAACAAUGUCACGUACACCGACAUUGACGUCGCCAACGUCGAUGACGCCAUCGAGAUCACCCAGUGCUACGGCCAGAAGAACCUGAUGCUUUGUGUCAGCUUUCCGUCUGCCCUGACCAUCAGCAACGUGCGCUUCCGCCGCUUUACCGGCACUACGUCCGCCACGUAUGCGCCCGAGAUCGCCGCCUUUGCCUGCUCCUCCACCGCCGUCUGUGGCAACAUCUCUGCCGUCGACAUCGCCGUUACCAGUCCCCAGGGCAGCCGCCAGGCCUACUGCCUCAACCAGGACACCACCACCCUCGAUGUCGACUGCACGGACGUUUGGAAGGGCUUCAACUGA